AUGGUUGGCUCUCAGCAAGGCGGCACAUUUUACGAUCCAUUCAACGAGGGUUACCCGGGAGCGAUAAUCAGUCAAGUGGACGACAAAGCCAAGGUCCAGAUGCCCAUCCAGCGACCCAGUGUCGUUACCAUUCUCGUUGGAACGAACGAUAUGACGGGAAAUGUUGAUGUUGCGAAUGCACCAAAUCGAUUGAAGACCCUCAUCCAAAAUGUCCUCGACGCCCCUCCGCUAACGCUUGUUAUCGUUUCGACGUUGCCGCCGAAUGCAAAUUCGGAUGCCAACAUCCGUAUUAAUGCAUACAACGCGGCCCUUUCGGGAGUGGUGCAAAGUUUUGUGGACGCUGGUCGCUCAGUUGUGCUCGUUGAUUGUCAUGCAGUCGUUGCACUGAGCGAUCUUGUCGAUGGCACCCACCCGAAUGACGCUGCGUUUGCCAGGAUGGCAAAGGUCUUUUAUCAGGGCUUCCAAGACGCCUCUGCACGAGGCUGGAUUUUCGAUGUCGAUGGAGCUGAACCGAUCGACGGGUUUACUGGGAAACCAUUGAGAAUCAUGCCACUGGGUGCUUCGAUCACAUAUGGCACUGGGUCUUCGGAUGGGAAUGGAUAUCGCGCAACCCUGUACAAUUUACUCGCGAGGGACGGCAACAACGUCAAUCUUGUCGGUUCACAGAAGGGAGGGAAUUUCUCGGAUCCGUGGAAUGAAGGUUAUCCUGGCUUGAAUAUUGCCCAAGUUGAUGCAAAGGCUCAAGUUCAAAUGUCCAUCCGACGACCAGGUGUAGUAACUCUCCUCGUGGGGACUGUUGAUGCACAGAACAACAUCGAUCCCGACAACGCCCCAGCGCGUCUCAAAACGCUUAUUCAGAACGUGCUUGACGCGCCACCCCUGACGCUCGUGGUCGUUUCGACACUCUUGCCCAACUCCAAUUCCGCUGCAAACACCCGGAUCAACGCAUACAACGCUGCGCUGCCGAGUGUAGUAAAGAGCUUCACCGAUGCUGGGCGUUCGGUUGUUCUCGUUGACUGCCACUCUGUCGUUGCAGUUAGCGAUCUUGUGGACGGAACUAACCCAAAUGACGCGGCUUAUGCGAGAAUGGCCAAGGUAUUUUAUGGUGGGUUACAGCAAGCAGCCCCGAAGGGUUGGAUAUUCGCACUUGAUGGUGCUGACCCUGUAAAUUUAUUUACCUAG